AUGUCGUCAAUUUCGAUUUGAACUGAAAGAUGAUUUUUAUCAACGAAUGCUAAAGAUAUAGGAGUUCUUUAUCUAAUCUUUGCGCUAUUUUCUGGGUUACUUGGAACAGCAUUUUCUGUUUUAAUAAGAAUGGAGUUAAGCGGACCUGGGGUGCAGUACAUUGCAGAUAAUCAAUUAUACAAUGCUAUAAUAACAGCACAUGCAAUCCUGAUGAUUUUCUUUAUGGUUAUGCCAGCAUUAAUAGGUGGAUUCGGUAAUUUCUUAUUACCAUUAUUAGUAGGGGGUCCUGACAUGGCAUUCCCAAGACUUAAUAAUAUUAGUUUCUGACUGUUACCACCAAGUUUACUAUUAUUAGUAUUCUCUGCAUGUAUAGAAGGUGGAGCAGGUACAGGAUGAACAAUUUAUCCUGCCAAGGUGUACAAAGUCAUAGUUGGACCUAGUGUAGAUUUGGCUAUCUUUGCCCUACAUUUAUCAGGAGUUAGUUCCUUAUUAGGGUCUAUUAAUUUCAUAACUACAAUAGUAAAUAUGAGAACACCAGGAAUUAGAUUGCACAAAUUAGCUUUAUUUGGAUGAGCUGUAGUUAUUACAGCUGUAUUAUUAUUACUAUCUCUCCAUCCUAUUUUAUUCCAACAUCUUUUCUGAUUCUUCGGUCAUUCUAAUAAAUCAGUAUUCGGUUAUAUUGGUAUGGUCUACGCCAUGAUGUCUAUUGGAAUAUUAGGAUUUAUUGUUUGAAGUCAUCAUAUGUAUACAGUUGGUUUAGACGUGGAUACAAGAGCGUAUUUCACAGCAGCUACAUUAAUUAUUGCAGUUCCUACAGGAAUUAAAAUAUUCUCAUGAUUAGCUACAUGUUAUGGAGGUUCUAUUAGAUUAACUCCUUCUAUGUUAUUUGCUUUAGGUUUUGUAUUUAUGUUCACAAUUGGAGGAUUAAGUGGAGUUGUUUUAGCCAACGCAUCUUUAGAUAUAGCUUUCCACGAUACUUACUAUGUAGUUGCUCAUUUCCACUAUGUAUUAAGUAUGGGAGCUGUGUUUGCAAUGUUUAGCGGAUGAUAUCACUGAGUACCUAAAAUAUUAGGUUUAAAUUAUAAUAUGGUGUUAUCUAAAGCUCAAUUCUGAAUUUUAUUCAUAGGGGUUCAACAUUUCCUAGGUUUACAAGGUAUGCCAAGAAGAAUAAGUGAUUACCCUGACGCAUUUUCAGGUUGAAAUUUAAUAAGUAGUUUUGGGUCAAUCGUAAGUGUAGUAGCUUCUUGAUUAUUCUUAUAUAUUGUGUAUAUACAACUAGUUCAAGGAGAAUACGCAGGUAGAUAUCCAUGAUCAAUCCCACAAUUCUAUACUGAUAGUUUACGUGCUCUUUUAAAUAGAAGUUAUCCUAGUUUAGAAUGAUCUGUAAGUAGCCCACCUAAACCUCAUGCGUUCGUGAGUCUUCCAUUACAAUCUUCUUCUCUUUUUUUUUUAAUUGGUUUUCUAAAAAUUCUAGUGGUGGUAGGCAAUUGUUUUAAUAAAAAAUUAAAUUUUAUUUAA